AUGGUGCAUGCAGGAAGGGACUCCGGCAAAGGGGGAAAGCAUGAGGAGGAGGUCGACGCGGUGAAGCGAAGAGACACCCCAAAUGGAGACCAUAAAGAUGGGGGCAACUUGCCAAACAAGAACUGCAGCUCGGCGGGCCACCUAACCUUCAAAGGAGAAGAUGACGAUUUUUCUGCGCUAGCCAAAGAGAGCAAAUCUUCCUCCAUGGAUGUGGGUCUGGGCUCUGCAGCUUCGGAACAGUCUCCCACCUAUUCCAAGGGGGAGAAGCAAAAUGGGCAUUCGAUCAGAAGCACUGAACCCGACUCCUAUGGGAGCUCCCCCCAACUGUCGAAGAAGAACAGCAAGACAUUCAGUGAGGGUCACUCGGAAAAGGAAGCUUGCAAUGAUAUGAAAAAAAAAAUGAAAGAACACCGUGAGGGUGCCAAGGGGGGGAGAGCAGAAAGACAAAGCUGUGUUGGGUCGAACGGAGGGGAGGAGGGACUCCACGCUAAGGCAGACCAUCGAAGGGACGAGCGAGGAGAAGAUGCACAUGAAGAAGAGGUGGCACACCAAGAAAAAGGAAAGCCACCAAAGAAAAUCAAAAACGUAAAUGAGUACCUCCUAGAAAGAAGGAGCAGCCAAAAGAUUACCGUCUUUGUAGGGGAAAAAAUGCAGAAGGUUAAGGCGGAUUUCAAGUACGGAGAGGAUGCACACGAGAAUGUAAGUUGCCAUGCCGACGGGGGGGACAUGAAUGAAGGUGCCCAUGUGGAAGCUAGCCAGGAUGUGCAAACAAACGGUGAGCAUAGCAGAGUCAUCGAGAAGAAGCAAAAAAAAACGGUCUUCACUGCUCAGUUGUGUGAGCGAAGUAACGCCGAUGCCAGGGCGUGCGAAGAGCUCGUAAAGGAGAAGCCAAAGAAAACCGUCUUCGAAGCGCAGCUCUGCCAGAGAAGUAGUGCAGAUGCGAGGGCUUGUGAGGAGCUAGCCAAGAGGCAAGAGAAAACCAUUUACGAAGCGCAGCUGUGUGAACGAAGCAAUGCCGAUGCGAGGGCGGGAGAGGACUUAGCCAGGAGGAGCCCAAAACAAACCAUCUUCGAAGCACAGCUCUGCGAAAGAAGCAAUGCGGAUGCGAGAGCGGGAGAGGAGCUAGCCAAGAGGCAAGAGAAAACCGUCUUCGAGUCGCAGGCCAGCCUGACCAGCAAGGCAGACGCCAGGGCGUGCGACCGGUUGGAGGACAAACUGGGGGGAGAAAGCGUCGUGUACGAGGCGCAGAAGUGCGUGAACAGCGCUGCUGAUUUUAAGGCCUCCGACAAGAUAAAGGAGGUGAUGACGCGGAACAUGGCGGACGAGUGCCACACGUUGUGA